AUGCAAGUCAUCGGUUCUACUAUGGAACCAGAGAAGCACCAUGACUACCACCUUCUUGAUUCAGAAUCGGCUUUGCCUGUGGGAAAUGAUCUGAAGAAUGGAAGAAGAAGAGAAGGAGCCACUGAAAGUGAAUCCCACAAAUCCAAGCUCCCGAAGGGUACGCUUGUUCAUAGGAAGGCUUAUCUGAACAAAUUUGCUCUUGCUGGUGCCAUUUUGGCUUCUACAAACUCUAUUCUAUUGGGCCAUGGGAAGACUCAUCAAGUCUUGGAGAUUGGGAUUGGCACUGGCUCUUCUCUCAAGUGUUGUGCUGGUGAGGGUGGUGUACAGGUUUUAGGUGUGGAUCCCAACAGAACGAUGGAAAAGUACGCGGCAGCGGUGGCGGCGGCUGGCGAUUCCUUUCCACUUGCAAAUUUGAAUUUAUACAAGCUGUUGGGGAGGCUAAUACCAUUAAGUGAUUCUUCUGUUGAUACGGUUCUAGGAAUACUUGUCUUAUGUUCUGUUAAAGAUGUUGAUAUGACUCUGAAAAAAAUAGCUAAAACGGGGUCGCUUUGUUGUGUGGCUGCAAGGCCACAUGGAUCAAAUACGGCCAGUAGGGACUGGUCGGUGGGUCCACACGAGCCUUACUGGCGAACAAAUACAAGCUUUUCACCACCCCCAUCAAGAUGGGAUGUUCGACUGCAAUCUGAAGGGCUACCGUAUAGUUCAUUCGAAGGCGCUCAAUUAUUUGGAUCUUCGACAUCAUCAAACAGUAAAGGAAGUCGGAGCUGGGUGAGAGCCAACUAUCUUUACAACCAUCAACACUCUGCAUCUGAUGGUACUGGGCUGUUUCUGAGUAGUCCAUCUGACCGUUCUCAGGGUCCUCAGUGGACACCCCCAGCAAUACAGGAAAUCAAUGUUGAUGAUUAUGAGACAGCGACAAAAAGAGAUCCUGCUAUGGCACCAUUAUCGUUUAGAUCUACCAUGGAGGGAACCUCUGAAAAUCCAGAUAGUGGUGGCUCUACAUCAUCCCAUUCAGAGAGUAGUGAGUCAGAGCCGACAAUCAAGUAUCGCUUAUCCUCUCACCGCAACUUCUCAAAUCGCUGUUCUUUCAUGUCCAAACCCAUACAUCCCUUGUCUUUUUCUUCCCGAACAUAUUCUAGGGAGGCUCCUGAACCAAUAGUUGCUGGCUAUUCAGAGUUUGAGACUGCCACUCCACAAAGAGAUGUCCACCGUUGGAGCAGUGCUAGCAGCAGCAUUGAUUUUGCUGAUGUUUCUGAGUCAUUUGAGUCUGAAAUUGUCAGUCGGUCGUGCAAUCCUUCUGAUGGUUUUAGAUGUGGCUUGUGUGAAAAAUAUCUUUCACAAAGAUCACCGUGGGGUUCUCGCAGGAUUGUGAAAAGUGGAGAUAUGCCUGUAGCUGGGGUUCUUUCAUGCCGGCAUGUUUUUCAUGCUGAAUGCUUGGAGCAGACAACGCCAAAGACACGAAAAAAUGACCCUCCUUGCCCUCUGUGUGUUAAAUUUGAGGAGGAUAACUCGCUCGAGCAACGGGGUUGUUCAAGACUGAAGAGUGGCUUCCCAAGACUCAAACCAUUUGGUGAGGAUGGUCCGUCCAGGCCUUGGGGUUGUGUACAGGUGGGAGAUUGUGUUGAAGGGGCUUUGCAAGCACCCCCAUGCAAUACUAUGUUCUUACUUAACAGAAAUCGCAUUAAAAAGAACCUGUCUUUGAAGGGUAACUCAAGCAAAGAGUUUCCAGGGAGGUUGAGAAAAAGUGGCUCUCCACAACAGUUGAUUGGGAAAGCAGUGGAUCAGGGAGCAGUUGAGUGCUCUAGUACAACAUCAGGCCCCAGUAUGAAGAUAUGAAGAAAGAUUUGUAGAUAAUGGUAACAUGUAAUUCAUCCUUGUGAGGGCUCAUUUCUUUUUUCAUUGAUAUGUGCAAUUUUUUGUUUCGCUUUAGCCGAGUAGAUAUUCUAUCAACGAGACUGGAUAAACCGGUUAGGGUGUUGUAUAGAUUUGAUUUUGUGUAAACUGCGGGUGAAAAUCAAAGUUGGAAGUAGACGAUAGUGUGUUUAUGCUA